AUGCCCCAUGAAUACUGCCUCGAUGCCCUCGUUGUAGGGACUGGUUUCUCUGGCAUUUAUACCCUGUACACCCUCAUCAAGGAAGGCUUGGCCGUCCAGGCUAUCGAGAAGGCAAGUGACGUGGGUGGCACAUGGUAUUCCCACCCGGUUGUGAGAAGAUAUUCUACCCAGCCGGAGAUCCUGAAGUAUCUGAAGCAUGUUGUCGAGAAGCAUAAUCUACGAAAUCGCAUCCAUUUCAAUAGGGAGAUGGUCGCAGCCAGAUGGGAUGAUACUGCGAAGGAGUGGCGAAUACAAUGCCAGACUGGCGAUAUAUAUCGCGCGAGGUACCUCCUCACGGCUCUUGGGGUCCUGGUCAAGCCCAAGAUGCCCCAUAUCUCCGGUCUAGAAGACUUUAAGGGUCAGGUAGUGCAUACAUCUGCGUGGGACCCAAGCAUACAAGUGGAAAACAAACGUGUUGGUGUCAUAGGCGUUGGCUCAAGUGGGGUACAGGUAGUCACUGCUAUUGCUAGCAAGGUGAAAUCACUUCAUGUGUUCAUCCGUACCCCACAAUAUACUAUCCCGGCAAACGAUAAGCAGUUGACUUCCGAAGAACAAAAAUCCAUCGAUGAGAAGUUCCCACAGUUCUGGUCAGACCUUUUGUCUUCCCGCCUGGGAAUGGGCUUUCCGGAGCACGAUAGACCAUUCAUGUCCGUGUCGCCGGAAGAGCGCGAGAAGAUCUUAGAGCAUCUCUGGAGGGACGGAAACGGUCUCCAGAUGAUGUUUGCAGGAUUUUCAGAUCUUGCCACUGACGCAGCGGCCAAUGAAGAAGUAUGCCGAUUCCUUCGCAGGAAAAUUGCAGAGAUCGUGAAGGAUCCCGAGAAGCGGGCUGUUUUGACCCCAAAGGAGGCCUGGAAUCGACGGCCGUUGUCAGACGCUGGAUACUAUGACCAGUUCAAUCGGGAAAACGUGUAUGCGAUCGAUAUAAGGAAACACCCUAUCACCAAGGCCACGGCAAAAGGUAUAUGUACCGCAGACGGGAAAAUCCACGAGCUAGACGUGAUAAUAUUCGCAACUGGCUUUGACGCUAUGGACAGAAGCUAUGCUCAAAUCGACAUUCAAGGGCGCAAGAAGGGCGAAACACUGUACGAUCGCUGGAAGCGUACGGGUCCGGACUGCUAUCUAGGCUGCUCAGUUGCAGGAUUCCCAAACCUGUUGACGGUGCUUGGUCCGAGGGUGGCUUUCGGAAACGUGCCUCCGUUGCUGGAGAUACAAGUGAGCUUCCUGAGGGACGCGAUCCGACAGGCUCAGGACAUCACCAGACACACAGGGCAGCAAUGUGAGAUCGAAGCCACGGAACAAGCUCAGCGCGAAUGGACUGAGGUGUGCGAGCGGAUAGCAAAGGUGCUUCUUUACGACAAACACUCCACUUGGAUGUUCAGGGAGAACGUAUCAGGAGAAGCAACAUCGAGUCUAUUCUACUUUGGGGGUUUGCAAGCCUUCCGAGCCAAGCUGGAAGAUACAAAAGCCCACGGGUUUGCUGGGUUCAAGAGCCCAUUAGGCCCCGCUGCAGAAAUUCGCGCACAGCUCUAG